GCACUAGAGGGCAGGAGAGCUCGUCCGCAGGGUGAAUACAACCAGUGGAUUCCCUCUGCACCGCGCUCUGCCCACCGACUAGCUCCUAGGUGCGGCACCGGACGCGCAAACCCAGGGUUCCCAGAAUUGCGUAGUUCCGCCGCCUUUUUUAGCUCUCUGUACUACUAGCUGUAGAGCACGAUCCCACAUGCAGCUGCUCACCUUGCUGAUCGCCCUAGCUGUGGUGGGCGAUACGGCCAUGGCGCUCGCCCCAAAGAUCCUCGUGUUGGGUGGAACCGGCUUUAUAGGAUCCACGGUGUCUCGGAUCGCUGUCGACAGUGGGUGCGAGGUGACGUCACUGUCAAGGCGAGGAACUCCCUCUCCGGACAGCGAUCCCCUUCCCGGGGUUAAUUUCCUCAAGGGCGAUGCCACCGACCCCGCGGUGGUUCAACAGGUCAUCGGCGAUGGCGACUACGACGGUGUUGUCCACGCGGUGGGCAUGCUCUUCGCGGGGAGCCUUAACCGAUUCGCGAGCGGGUCCGGGUCCGUGCCCGACCCCGGCACCACCUACGACAAGAUCACCAGACAAACCGCUUUUGCGGCAACGGCCGCCCUCGACGCCCUCGCCCAGGGGGGGUCACAGCAGAGGCCUUUCGUGUUCAUCUCCGCGGCGGAGGCGAAGUGGGGUUUCGACGGCAUUUUCGAGGGUUCUCCAGUGGGGUUUCUUCACGACUACCUCGUGGCCAAACGAGCUGUUGAGGACGAGUUGCUCAACAACAAACCGUCGCUCAGAGGGGUCGUCCUCAGACCUAGCCUUGUGUGGACAAAGCGACGACCGGGAGCGCUUCUACCCGUCGCCGCCUUCCAAAUCGGCAGCCGCCUAGGAUUGCCGUUCAUCGACAGGCCUGUCCACGUGGAGACCCUCGCCAGCGCAGCCGUGGAGGCCCUGUUCGACUCGAGUGUGAGGGGAGUGCAAGACUGGAGAGGCAUGGAGAAGCUGGCGGAGAGCUACAAGGCCAACAGGGGAGCGGCCGGUGGCACUGACGGGAGCAUAGCAGAGCUUUAA